CGCUCUGAGGAAGGCGCGCCAGCAAUGGGCUUUUGUUCCACCCAAUUGAAUCAGCAUAGCCAUGAGGGUAGGCGCGGAGGAUCAGCCCAAUAUCAUCUAUUUCAAGAGGCAGCCGAACAAACCCUAAGAGCGUUCUCUUAAAUCCCCCAUCCCUUCCGAUUGUUAAUCCAGCACCCAUCUCCUUGUGAUAUCACCAUGGCCGCUGAAUUACGCUUGGGAUGGCGGGUGCAUCGCUCUUUGAAGCGGUCAAGACUAUCUGGGAACUGACAGAGGAUAUCAAAGCGAACAAGCAAUCUGCGAUCAAAUUAGCGUUGCAAUGCCAAAGUUGCCAGACGGAACUCGUUAAGAUUUUCAACGAUGCGGAAAUGAGCGGUCUGAAGCCGCACGAUCCAAUGUACACAGUCGUUAAAACUUAUACCCUAAAUUUCCGGAGCCAGCUGGAAAGUAUCAAGAGCCAAAUGAGAGACUGGACGCGGAUGGACCUUUGGGACCGUUUGCUCAAGAAGGACACAAUGCUGAAGUCCAUCAUUGAACACCACAGACAUAUUGGAGAAAUGUGGAGGGCUUUCCAGACGGCUCUUCAAAUGCAGGGCCUUGCGGCAACCGUCAAAGUCUCUGAUGCUCAAACCACCGUUGUAGAACGUGUAGAUCUCUGGCGACGGGAACUUGCAGAGGCGCAACAAGCCGACAAGUAUCAAUACCGGGAGUUCCUCAACAACACAACACGGACCAUUAAUAAGAUGGCGACUGUGCAUGCUCAGCAAGAAGUCCAGUUCGAGAACUUGGGCGAAACCGUCCGAGAGCUUGCUGACUUGGUGCAGCAAUUCAGAUUGCAAAACUCAUCCAGCACUCAGCUGUCUGAGUCAGACCCUGAAGCCGAUCCUGACAUUAAGGAGGCUCGUGGAAGAUUGAUUCGGGCGCUUGAAGAAUACAAAGGGGAACAUCCCCCCACGGGAAUCGACCCAUCGGAACUGACUGUUCCUGUGGAGGUGCACAGGGGCGACCAUGCGACUAUCUACAAAGGAGUCAGAGCUGGAGAUGCAGUUGCGAUUAAAAAAGUCAACAUAAUGGACAGCGAUAUGGUUGCGCAGGUCUACCGGCGCAUCAACAGAGAGAGCAAAAUAUGGCAAAAACUCAAUCAUCCUAAUAUCGUCACUUUCUUAGGCUGCAGUGGGCCUAAAAACGAGUUUCCUUUUAUGAUUAGCGAAUGGAUGCCGAAGGGAAACGCCAGGCUCUACGCUCGCAAACAUAGAGAACGAAAGAAGAAUGGAACAGGACAAGAUGCCGAUUGUGUAAAAAUAGUGAGUGAUUCAAGUGUGAUUUCGUUUGCCCGCUCUGAUGUGUGGCGUGAUCUCACUACUAAAGUGGUAUGUGUCCGAGUUGUCGAGCAGGGUGACUUUGGUCUUGAUGUUCGCUGUAGUCUUGAUGUUGCCGAGGGAUUGGUUUAUCUUCAUUCUCAGGGGAUCAUCCACGGAGGGCUCAAAGCCAGCAACAUCCUCAUCGAUACAGACCACAAAGCUCGCAUCACAGAUUUCGCCUUGGCAUCAAUCGCAGCUGAGGUCCAGACAGGCAGCCGGCCACCUCCUAUGAGAUGGUCCGCUCCCGAAGUGUUGGAAGGCGAGCUUAAGGAACCAGGCGCAGAUAUCUACUCAUUCGCAUGUACCAUCCUGGAGAUAAUAACGGAUGCUGACCCAUUCCAGCGUCAUACGCAUUUGUAUCGCCUCCAUCGUCUCAUCCGUGAGGGUCUUCGACCUGAUUUUCCGGAGUCCCCAGUGGCUUGGGACAGGGGCUUGACAAACGCUUCGUGUCCACUUUGGCUCCUGAUGCAAGCAUGCUGGGCGCCGAGAGCCAAUACAAGGCCAGAUGCUGGUGAAGUGCGGGACAGGAUGAGAGACAUUUGGCAAUCGAGAGGUGGCCAACCAUACUGGAAAUAACUAUGGGGACGAAGACUCUAAAGCCACUUGCUGGUCUACAACAAAUUCUGUGUUAGUAGGUUGCUGUGUAUUGCGACGGUUGAUUCCUGCAUGCCAAAAUCUACGGACGUUCUGACUGUAGUCUCAAUGAAUGCCAUCAAAAUCAAAAAAAAAAGAAAUACGGC